GGGAGCUGCCGGGGCCGUCCUGCCUCACCCCGAGGCCCCCGGCCCGGGCAGCUCCGCCCCGGUUUCACGGCGCCUGCCCGGCCGCGGCCUGACGGGAAGAGCCGCCGCGCUCCGCCGUCCUCCCUUCUCCUCCUCCUCCUCCUCCUCCCUGCGGCAGGCAGAGAUCUUUCAUCUAGCAUGGCAUCGAGGCGUGUUCCAAAAGUAACUUCCAAAGAGGGAGAAUCUCAGUGCAAGGAGAAGCAUGCAGUUCUGCUUAGCCCCGUGGGAAGACUGGAGAUAUCUGGGUGUGAAACAGGCUUACACGAAAUAAAACUUCCAAAAAUGAGUGUGCUGCCAAAUGGGUAUGCUGCAGGACUUUACUGUGCCAGAUACAACAGCAAAAUCAGGCUUCAGCUGUGUUUCCUGAAGAUGAGCCACGAUUAUAUUUCACAUUCCUCAUGGCCUGAAGCUCUUUUUCCCAGCCUGAGGUUGUGGCAUUCGGCCAGGCUGCGGUGGCGGGACGCAGCGUCUGCCAGGGCUCUGCCUUCCCCGGGCUGCCCUGCCGUGGGGCCGAGAGCAGGAUGGUCAUGGGCAGAGGCGUCGGCGGGCUGCGAGGUGUGCGAAGGCGCGGAGGAGAUGACGGAGCCGCUGAAGCAGUGCACGGCCUGGCUGCGUGCCUACUUCUGCGAGCCGGCGAGGACGGAGCAGCUGCCCGUGCCCCCCUUCCACCACCCCCUGCUCCAGCGAGGUGUAAGCCUGGAGCAAAUUCCUGUACCUGAUCGCUGCACCCCCAUUGCAGAAAUGCCAACAGAUGUUUGCUGGUGCUCCAGCAAUGGAGAUUCGUUCACCAGGCAGGUUUUGUGGACCCUGUUGAGAGAUGUGAAGUUUGGAGAGGCCAUUUCUUACCAGAAAUUAGCGGACCUAGCGGGCAACAGCAGAGCUGCAAGAGCAGUGGGAGGAGCAAUGAGGAGCAAUCCUAUCCCGAUUAUAAUACCGUGCCACAGGGUGAUUCGCAGCAGCGGGCAGACCGGCAACUACGGAGGAGGGAACCUUAUGAAAGAGUGGCUUUUGUCGCACGAGAAGCUCCAGAAAGAGAAGUUAGCAUAUUGAUGCGGCUCAGCCACAGCUGCUCGACUGCCAAGGCACACAGCCGCGGAUACUUGGCUUAUAACAAGCUCUCAGAGCACCCAGCAGAAUUCAGAAAAAUGGUAAAUAUUUGAGUGACAUAUAAAUAUAAUGCAACAUCCGAAGUGAAAUGUGUGGUGGCACCACUAUAUUAAAAAAGCAGGAUGCGUCCUAGGGGAUGCAGCUCAUAUGCCCUUUCUUGUUUUUACAUUUUACAGCAGAAUGACUACAGCGGUCCAGGCCUGUUGUGCGUGUAUUUUGUUCCCAUCCCCAGUCCUGUUUUGUUCUAUUUUUAAUGUCCAUUAAAGCAAGGGUAGGGGAGAGGGAGGGGCAUGGCAAAUGCGAGGUGCAAGCGUCCCUCUAAGGAAGCAUCUGGCUCGCCGAGGGGCCAGCCCGCGCCUCCCUGCUCCUGCCCCGCCUGGCGCGCUUGUCCCCCUGCCAGCCCUGGUGCCAGGACUCCCCUCCUCUCUUUGAUGUUUGCGCUGCUGAAAUGCUGUUUUACGUAAACACUGCUUAAUGGAGCACAUUGAGAUGCAGUCAAAAGGAAGCGGCUAUUGAAUCGCUUGUUCGCGGCUUUUCUUUUCGGAUCAUGAGAGGUGCUCAAGGCAAGAAUAAAAAUUUUGCUUUUGUGAAUGUUGCAAAAAGCAGGCGGAGCUGUAGGUGCUGGCAAGUUGUAUGAGAAUAUUUAAAAUAAGCAGUUAGAUGAGCGCAACCUGGACAAAAUAUUAAAAAGCUCAUCGUAGCUGCAUCUUCAUCAGCAGUGCCUUUCCUUAAGUGUUUGAAUUUCUCCUUAGAUUUUUGCAGUUCUCCAUUACAUGAAGCUUUAUUUCCUGUAGCCUCUCUGAAGAAAGGAUUCAAGAGAUGUUAAAGCUAAAUUCUGAGGUGGUUUAAAAAGGGUUCUCUGAAAGUGCGAGCCCAGAAGCUGAAAUUUUCAGUAUGGGAAUCAUAAAUUCCAACAUGGAAAUACUGAUUUUUUUAUGUGUUUUAUCAUAUUUUCAUAGACGUCUCUUUAGAAAUGCCAUUGCUAACCAAGAAAUUAUUGUGUUACAAUGCUUUAGUUAAUGUAGUAUUGUUGAUAUCUCAGAAUUACUUCAAUAAAAAAACUGCUUUGCAUG